AUGAGCAACAGUGGGGCAAGAGAGGGACCAUCCAGGCAGACCGCAGCAGCUGCCAAACAGCCGACUCCAGCAGCUGAACCCGUGAGGAGAGGACGAGGAAGACCCAAGAAGCAGCCUCAAGAACCUACUGGACCUCCUACUCCGAAGCGACCUCGAGGAAGACCAAUUGGCAGCAAGAACAAGGAACCGCGAGCCGUCCGAAAGAAAGCAGAGCCACCUAGAGUGAAACGGCCUAGAGGAAGACCGAGAAAAUGGGAAGUUGAAGUAAAGACGUCUCAUGUUCUGUGUGAUGAAGUAUUUGUUCUGUCAAAUGGUAUUGAGGCUGAUUAUCUUGGGGGUGAUCAAGUGGAGAAAGGUAGGAGAAACCCUGUAUCCAUAGGAGAUGAGAAGAAUGAGAGGUGA